AUGGAAUGGAUGAAGGCUGUGCUGAGGAAAGGGCCAAGCCCGACCUCGGACACACCACCUGCGCCGACAGAGGAUGAACUCGUUCAAGAUGAGGAAGGGUAUCCCGUGAUCCUGUCCACGGAGCGGGAGUUCCUUGCCUCUCAAGGCCUGAUGAUUGGCCAAAACGGCGCCGCCCUUUACCACGGCACCACAAGUCCGCCAAAGUACUACGACUUUUUGUACAAACUUCCCACAGGCAUCAACAUGGAUCGUGGCGGCUUUGGUCAUGCAAGGGAUGGAACCAACUUUGGGGCGGUAUUCGAUGGCGUGACGGCGGGGGGCCGUGUGAACGCAUACGCAGCGCAGGCGUUUGCAGAAUACGCGUUGCGAUGGCUUGCUGUACACAAGCAUCGUCUGCACCAGAUAGAGGGCGAGCGGCUGCAUCAGGAAGUGCACAACCUCUUCCGACAGUGCAUCGCCAAGGAAAACAACCCUGGCGGAAACAUGCAGGCGGAGGGCGGCAGCGCAACAGGCGUCAUUGCCAGCUGUCACCGCACGCAACGCGGCCGCCUCAUGCUUGUUGGCGCCACCAUCGGUGAUGCCUCCGCCAUUGUUGUCGACCCGGACGGCGGGUGUCGCAUCGUGUCGCGGUACCAGCGCUCGUGCGCAAGCGCCAAGGACACGGGCGGGCAGCUCACCAUGUGCAUGGGCGUGCACGGCGAUAUCAACACCUUCUCCGAACCGCUGACGGAGCAGAGCAUCGUCAUCCUCACCACAGACGGGUUCACGGACAACAUCCUGCAGUCUGACUUCUCCAACAUCAUUGACGUGAUCCUGCGUGCGCCGUACUUUGACGACGACCCAGCCAUGCGCACCUCCGUUGACAGCGACCUUUCCCGCCUGCCAGACCUUCGCGAGCUGCGCCAGCUUGUCGGCCGUCUUGAGAGCCUCGACUCUGUGCCCUGCCGCUCCAUGGUCGUGCGCGUGUCAAACUACCUCAAGUGGGUGACGCGGGCGCUGCACGCGCGGGAACAGGACUUUUACGCGUUGCAGAUUGAGAUGCGCGACACAACGGAGGCGUUACUACAGAAGCAGGCGGAGCUGAAGAGGAGGAAAGCUGCAAGGCUGGAGCAAGAUGGGGCGGAUGCAGGGGCUGGCACGGGCGCCGCCGACAAUGCUGAUGGUGCUGGUGAUUGCACGGGUGAUGGUGGCGCGGAUCAGCGGAUGAACGGGGAGAGGAUAAACGGCCACGCCGGUGGCGAUGGUGGUGAUGGUGGUGAUGGUGGUGGUGAGAUUGCAGCUGAGGAAGCUGAGGUGCAGCGAAUGCAAGAGAAGAUCAAGAGUCUUGAGGUGGACUGUGCGCGCCUGCGACAACAGCAGAAGCGACACCGUGUCGCGGGGAAGACAGACGAUGCCCUCAUUGUUGCUCUACGGCCCGUCUGGCUUUAA